CGCGUAGUAUCAGCGCAGGCAGAGCUCGGCGGUGUCUGCUCAGUGGUUGCUGCUAUGGUGCGAGGACCGUCCCACCGCCAGCGGAGAGAAUAGCGUCCUGGUUCCGAGUUCCGGGAGAAAGUCUGAGGCGGACGGGGAAAUUAAAGUCUCACACGGGAGAAUAUGAACAAAGCAGAGGCACCAUGUCGACCCACCGCCUCUCUCAAAUUCACCAUUGACAACAUCCUGAACCUGAAGACGAGCUGUGACAGCUGUCAUCCCACCGGGCAGCAGGAUGAAGCGCUCCCAGAGCAGAGGCCGGACCCGGGUUGCAGGCUGAGCCAAAGAGAAUUGGUGAGCGGCUGCAGCGGAGCAGCAGACUCGGUCAUCAUCAGCUGCGGGAACCAGGGGAAGGCGGUCGAGACGCGCUUCGACAGCGGGGACAGCAGCUGUGACGACAGCGGCUCCGUCACCGCCGCCGCCGCCGCCGCCGCCACGGCGGCAGCACCACUGGCAUCAUCCACGGACCCCCACAGAGGAGGGAGCCCCAACAAGAAGAGCAAAAUAGUGACGAAAAAGAAGACGCGCACGAUCUUUUCCAAGAGACAGAUUUUCCAGUUGGAGUCUACCUUCGACAUGAAACGCUACCUGAGCAGCGCAGAGCGCGCAUGCCUGGCCAGCUCUCUGCAGCUGACGGAGACCCAGGUGAAAAUCUGGUUUCAGAACCGCAGGAAUAAACUCAAGCGCCAGAUCUCCACCGAGAUCGACGGACCGGUUGGCGACUUCCCCGAGGCCGGGAAAGCGGCGGCGGUGGGACAUCUGCCGGCCUUGUAUAAAGAGAGCAACCUGCUGGGUAGAUGUCUGCUGCCCAUGCCCCUGCCGCUGGUGUACCCGGGGAGUAGCGCACCUUACCUCUGCUUCUCUAACGCCAGCAAGUACUUCAGCCUGUACGAUGGGGAUGUAUGACGGUUUCUUAGCGGCCCCUGAAGUGAAAGAGACACUCUUUGUGGCGUCUUUGUUGCCAAGGUUUUUGGAGCGUUUGAGACGCUUAGUGGCCAAAACCUUUUUAUUAUAAUUGUCUCAUUUUUUAAAAAAAGAAGAAGACUGCAAGUAUAAUUGCAAACGAUUAGUUUCCUAUCACAUACGAAAAGGCAUUUCAGCAUUAUUUAUUUGUAGUUGAAGAAAAGACCUGACGCCGAAUCUUCUUCUUUUUUUUACAAAAUAGAUUACAUAAAUGACAACGUGAAGAAGGCCUAAAACAGUAUCAGUUACAUCUUAUUGUUUACGCAUACUACUAUUUUUUUAAUUAUCAACAACUACAGCCUAAACCACCAAAGAAAUUAAUAUAGCAUAUUCUGCAUGCAUUUUGUCAUGAUUUUUUUUUUAAAAAAAAUACUAAAGUUAUGUAUUUAAAUGAAUGUAAUUAACGUUUUAUUUAGUUUUACGCAUGUAUUUUUUAUUUUCUUUCUAAAUAUCUAUUCUUACGUUCAACCACUUUGCCAAGAGGCUCAUUACACCUUUUACUGAAAACUGUUAUUAAAACAGCUGAAAAAUAAGCUUUACAGAAUUAAUUCAGUUUUUAUGUGUAAUUUUUCUUUUUGAAAAAAAAAAGUUUCAGGAAUAUUAUAAAGUUUAUUAAUUUUAAUGCACCCGUGUUUUCACAUGAAUUUGCAGUUUUUAUUAUUUUUUUUUACAUGACAUUGUAACAUGGAAAAUACAGAUAACCAAGUAAACCUGAGCCGCAACAUUUGAAAUUGUCUUGACAGCUGAAAAAGUUAUUAAUCCAAAACCCUACUACAAGCAGUGUAGGAUAACCAACAGAAAUAACCAUGAUAAGUCAUAAUAUGAGUCCUAAGUAUUAUAAAAGUGUCAAUACACAUUAUGAAAUUGUGGGUUAUGAAUAAAUAUUUAUGUCCAACGUUUGACAGAAAUUAGUAAAAUACUGCUUGCUCAUAUACCGAUAUGUUACUGCUGCACCUUUUGGGAAUGUGGUCACAUGGAGACAAGAGUUCUGGAUUUCAUGCCCUUUCUUCAUUUCUGAAUGCAGCUGCAAUGCAUCUGCAUGUAUUAAUUAUGCAAUGUGCAAUAUGUCCGAAUAGAACCUCGGCGAUCAUAAUUCUUUACUUUGCUUGGACAGUAAAUAGAGGAAGCUGCUGAUCCAUGCAAGGAAUGACUGAUGGACGCAGAUGAAAGGGUGAGGCUCAUCCUAUGUUGUUAUGAGGAAGUGCAUCUAAUUCCAAUUUCGGCAGCAAGUGAGCCUUGAGAAAACUUGAACCACUGCAACCACAUAAUCACUAUAAGUUAGUGUCCAAAGGAAAACUGGACUUUCUCAGUCAAAUAUGCUUCAGAUUUCAUACAAAUCAACUCGCCUUUGUUGGUCUAAAACAGUUUUCAAACGCGAGUAAAAUGAAAAGCGCUGAACAAAG